AUGAUGAAAGCUUUCUUAGAUGAUGAGAUAGGUGAGGAUAUUAGUGAAGUGUAUGUGGACUACUUUGAAGAAGAUGUAGAUAUAGCUUACUUGGAUGAAGAAAGUGAGGACAACUGUACUCAGUUGUAUGCAGCAGCACAGGAGAACGAGGCAGUGAGCCAAGUCAGGAAUCAACAAGCGGUACCAAAGAGACCCCCCGAGAAUGUAUACCAGCAAAUACGAGGACUGCCUGUGAAACCCACUAAGGCUGUCACUACAAAUCCAUAUGGCACUAGAAUGAACCCUAACAAAAACAUAAUAAGUGACAAUCCAGGGAUUCAUGAGCAAAAUGUACAGCAGGAAAGUUUAUCGCCACUGAACCCAAUAGUACCUGUGGACGCAUGUCCUACAUGCAUGCAUAAUUUGCCUGAAACUGAAGACAUAGAUAUGUCAUACAAGAUGUCACCUGCUGUGAUAGGACAGAAUCCAGGAUUGACUCAAAACGAUGAAUUAGCCGCUAGGCAAAAGUUAGCUCAACAACCUUUGAUAACAAGAAGAAACCAAGAGACAUUACUCAGGCAGUUUAAUAAUGUAUACCUCAGGCAGGCUAACAUAGUCACAAACGUGGUAUUCUUUGUGGGUAACUAUAAUGUAAUCUUCCAGCUACUCUUGGGUCAACCGUGGAUAUGCAGAAACUUAGUUUCAAUGGAUGAACGAGUAGAAGGAACGUACCUCAUAUAUGGGAACCCUAAGCAGCCUAAAGACUAUAUGGAGCUAUUUGUGGUGGAUGAACAAUGGGAUGCUGGAUUAAAAAAAACUGCCAUAGCCUAUUUCGCUGGUGCAAGAGACAUGGUAUUCGAAGGAGCCUGGAAAAUCAACAAUGGAGAGAAAUUUAUCGAAUUAGGACCUCCAGUCACAUACCUUUCAUGCCUAGCACAGAUAGAAGCUUGA